AUGGCAUCCAAUACGCCCCCAGGGAUCAAUCCUGCGUCUGCGGUAGACAAGGAUGAUUUGAAGAUCCCGCUGAUCGACUUCGGCCCAUUCUUCACAGGCACUCCAUCCGAUAAGCAUGCCGUUGCCCUCGCUAUUACUAAUGCCUUCAAAACAUCUGGCUUCGUCUACCUAAAGGCGCAUGGCAUUCCCCCAUCCGUCGUGUCCGGGGUGUUUGCGUCAUCUGCCCGCUUCUUCGCCCGCCCCCAGAGUGAGAAGGACUCUCUGGGCUGGACGACCCCACAGUCGAACCGCGGUUACGUCGCAAUCGGUCGGGAGAAGUUAACGACCGUCGAAGAAACAGAUGGAGUUGAUACUCUACGUGCGUCCGCACCAGACAUCAAGGAAACCAUGGAACUUGGUCGCAAGGGAGUCGAGGGUCUACCCAAUCGCUGGCCCGAUCAUAUCGAUGACGAAGGGAAGCAUUUCAAAGAAACCAUGCAAUCAUUCUUCGAAAUGGGAAAGAACCUGCAUAAACAUAUCAUGCAGGCCAUCGCAUUGGGAAUGAAUUUGCCGGAACAUUUCUUCGAUGACUCUGUUAAUGCCGGUGACAAUAAUCUCCGUCUCCUUCACUACCCCCCCGUCAGCAAGGAAGUCUUCAAGAAUAACCCUAACCAAGUUCGCGCCGGCGAGCACAGCGACUACGGUUCAAUCACUCUACUUUUCCAGGAUCGACACGGUGGACUGCAAGUGCGCAGUCCCAAAGGAACCUUUGUGGAUGCGACUCCCAUUGCUGAUACUAUUGUUGUCAAUGCCGGGGAUCUGCUUGCCCGAUGGUCCAAUGACACCAUCAAGAGUACCCGUCAUCGGGUAAUUCAGCCGCCCGCCCCCGAGGGCUCUGAAAACGAUGAUUCGGAUUAUCCAGCUCGGUACAGCGUAGCGUAUUUCUGCCAGCCCAACAGCGACAAGCUUAUUGAAGCACUGCCGGGAACCUAUGGCGAGGAAAUCCAAGUGGAGAAGAAAUACCCGGCGAUUACUUCAGGCGAAUACUUGGUCCAGCGAUUGACAGCGACUUACUGA